GACUAUUCAUUGUCUGGAAAACAAUAUCGUCCUAAAAGAAUAUAUGAAAAUGUCAAAAAAAAAAAAAAACAGAGACUCCAUACUAUAGACAGUGAAGAGCAACUCCAGAGAUUAUCUUUGCUCCUCAGAUUCAAGAGCUGCGUGUGUAUUCUCUCCAUCUACAGAAAAGAAACCAAAAAGUGAACCUAGUCAAAAUGAACGUUUGUUUUCAACAACUAACCAAGAUAUUAUGUACAUGAACAUGAAGAUCAGGAUGUAUUAUUUAUUCACAGAGAGUAAUUAAUUAAAUAAAAGGGGAUCCCUUAUAAAUUUGCUGCUCCCUCUUUAAUCGGGGAAAAAAAAAAAUAGGGAUCAUCUUCGUUAUCGCAUCUUCUCCAUGGACGAGUACUCUAGCAUGAAAGCUGCGGCCGAAGGGAAGAAAUUGGCCCGUUCGGAUCUUAUGGAUGUUUGAGGAGCAAAGACGCAUGGUGAAGAUUUCCGUCGAGGGAUACGAUACUUCGAUUCCUGCAGUUGAUAUCGGGAAUGCUUUGACGAGUCGUUUCAGUUCAUGUGGACGAAUCUGUUAUCUUGACAUUCCCAGAGACCCUAUAACAAAUGUUGUCAACGGCAAAUGUUCUUUUUUCCAACUCUGCGGAAAAGGCGCAGAAGAGAAGGCCUUGGCACUUGAUGGAACUGACAUGGGAGGGUGGAAUGUAACGGUUAAGGUGUUACCUCACGAUGAUCUUGAGUUUACCACCGAUCAAUUGGCUGCUAUGAGCAUUUCACACUUUAAGAAAACCAGGAGCGAAGGCGUUUCCGUUAGAGGAUAUGACAAUUCCCUUCCUUCGAAUGAUAUCAAGAGCGCUUUGACUAAGCAUUUCGCUUCAUGUGGAGAGAUAACUGAUGUUUUUGUUCUCAAAAGACGGGCUAUUAUUUACUUUUUCGGAUGGCAUGCAAUAAGUAAGGCGGUUGAACUCAGUGGAAGUAACGUGGGAGGAUGUGAACUAGUUGUUAAGGCUUUGCCAGUACCUAAAAGAAACCUCGGCCUCCUCCACCUAGUCUUCCUUUUGGCUAUAUACUAUCCCAGCUGAAUGUGUUGAGGCUGCUCAUCAGAUACAUAUGUCUCAGAAGAUGACGGCAGAGUAGAUGAGAAAUAUCAGAAGAAGCUAGACAGAACCUAAUGUUACCCCCUUUUUUUUACCACUCGGUCUCUCUUAUUAAUCGUGUGAUACAAUGCAACCUCUUUUUAUUAGAUGGUCUUUGUUAUGUUUGUUUCAAUGUUAGUGUUUGACUAAGUUGGAUUAAUUUGGAUUAAUUAAGUUAGAAA